AUGAACUCACUUCAUCGAUCAAAUCGACGCGCUACAAUUACUCUGGACACCAAUCUCAAUAGACUUGAUUCACUUCCUCCGGUUCAACGUAAUCGGAAAAGAAGUCCAAGUACACCUAGACAACCGAACCAGCGCCGUUCAAGAUUCUUGGCCCGUCAGGCUCCGAAUCACACUCAAGUAACAACCUCAGCGCUCUCAUCCUCCCUUCCCGCCUCCGCAAUUCCCACCCAGAAUAGCACGUCACCAAUCACAACUACCAGCACUCCUAACGUGGUUCAAAAUAAUAUCACAUCAACAAAUCCUACAAGUUUCUUUUCUAGUAACAUAUCUAAACCAACUUCAAUACUUGAGACUGUACCAUUACCAUCAUUACAAGGAUCCGAGGCAUCCGUGAUUGUACCGACUCCAAGUGGUAGUAAAGUUCCAGAGGCCCAUUCGAAAGAAACUCAACUUAGAGAAACGAAAGCUUCAAACGUUGGAUGGAUUUGUGGUAUACUAUUAUGUGUAUUUGCUUUAAUCUUUGCAAUCGGUUGUUGUUUUCGUCAUAAACAUAAAAAAAUCAAAAAAGAACAAGCAAAUUUAACACACGAAGCAUUUUGGGGUGAAGAAGGAUUAAAUGUAAAAAGAGAAAAACUGACCAAAAAUAAUUAUCAAUCUCAAAGAUUAUCUUCAAUAGAUAACAAUGAUCAGAAAUUAAACAAACUGGCAUCUGAAUUUGAAGAUGAUAAACCUAAUUCAAAUUCAUUUUCUUGGACAAAUUUCAAAUCUAUCUUGGGUAAACCUGAAUCACAUCUUGGUGUAAGAGAAGGAAAAAGACAACCAAGACCACUUGAUACGAUUCAGAUGGAGAAAAAGAAUCGAGAAAAGGUUAGAUCAAGCCUUACACGACCUCCACCGAUUCAUACCUUGCCAUCAGCAUUAGCAAAUCAACAUUACGAAACCCGUAUCUCAAAUGAUCUCCUCGAUAGAGGAAGUUUUUGUCCUACAGCCUUUGAUGAUCCUCAAUCAGUAGUCUCUUAUCCACUUCGAUGUAAUGGUCAUCUAGACAUGAAUUCACCACCACUUGCAUUGGAUAAAGAAGGAUUUGGUAUUACAGCAAGAGAAUCUUAUGGACAUUAUGCUUUACCACCUUCUCAAUCACAAAAACAUGGUUUAAGAAAUCAACCAAGAUAA